UAUAGCGAACACGUUUGCUCAGAGAUUCAUCGCCAUGCAUGUACACGUCUUUUGCACUAUACGUGGGUAAACGUGUACGUGACACAGAAUAAGAAAUAUUCGAACAAUAAGAACAACAAGAGCUAGUGUAUUCUCAGCUUGUAUUUAGAUGUCUAUACACUAUUUGCCUCCCACGAGUAAGCUCACUGAUUUCAGUACAAUAAUACAGAAUUCCUCCUAGUUUUGGUACGUGGACAUGAGUUUUUGAACUAUAUGUAACGAGAAAGAGGAUGCGAAGAGGGGUUUGUCGAUUUGUCAGAACAAAUAUUCUGUUUACUUGCAAAGCACCGAUAAUCAAGAAGGUGGUCAGGUCGAAUUAAAAGUAAGAAUAUAAAUUCAACGCUCUUGCCGAGGAUACCGUCGUCAAUAAAGAUUGUGUCACAAAUUUCAAGGACCGUCGCACUUCCUACCCUUUUAAAUACCACAGCUUCGACAGUGGAUAUCUCACGCAUACCACGAGACGAUAUCACCUCUUUACCACUUCCUACCACAUCAGGUUGUGUACGCCCAGCAACUCUGGCAAUUGACCAUACGACAGAUGCAUGUGGCCAAAGUUUCUUGUGCUCUCCUGGUACGCUCAAAAGUCCCGACUAUCCGUCUCGAUACCCUAACAGCAUGAGCUGCACCUGGACUAUUUUUAGCACGAUUGGACAGAAAGUUCUCUUGCAGUUUUCUCUAUUCAAGCUGGAGAGCCAUCCUUCCUGUGCGUGGGAUUAUUUGGACGUUUAUGAUGGUGAUUCGAAGCACGCGCCAAGACUGGGCCGGUUUUGUGGAGACAAUUUUCCAAGAAGACUGGUUUCUUCUGGAUCUAAGCUCCAUCUUGUUUUUUACGCCGACAAUAAUAUGCGCGCAGAGGGAUUUAUUUUGAAUUUUACAUCGAUAUAUUAUGAAAUAUCAUCCCCAGUUGCAAUCCUCAUUCAAUCGUCAACAGUUAAUCGUGCAGUUCUGGAUGCGAGCAGUGAUCUACAUGAGUCACAAGAAACUGUGAUUUCAACAGCUGUAAAUAACAUGUCAACUACGGUAUUGUCCGAUGUUACUUCAAAAACCAUCCCUGUAACACUAAGACAGCAAAGCAGUAAACACAUUCGACAUAAAGCCUCCUCCAGGCAUUCGGAACUCAGGACCCAUCAAGUUGACCAUAGAACAGAAUUACCAUCAACAGCUUCACUUCCCAUUCGAUCGUCAACAGUUAAUUCCUUAACUCUGGGAACAAGUGAUUCACAUGUGCACGUGUUAUCUGAAUAUUUGGUUACAACUCCUGUAAAUGAUAUUUCAACUAAGUUAUUCUCGGAUGUUAUUUUGAAAACGCUUCCUGUGAUGCCAGAAAAAUCAUCCUCAGUUGUAAUCCCCAUUCAAUCGUCAACAGUUAAUCGUGCAGUUCUGGAUGCGAGCAGUGAUCUACAUGUUUCACAAGAAACUGUGAUUUCAACAGCUGUAAAUAACAUGUCAACUACGGUAUUGUCCGAUGUUACUUCAAAAACCAUCCCUGUAACACUAAGACAGCAAAGCAGUAAACACCUUGGACUCAAUGCCUCCUCCAGGCAUUCGGAACUCAGGACCCAUCAAGUUGACCAUAGAACAGAAAUACCAUCAACAAUCUCACGUUCCGUUCAAUCAACAACAGUUAAUUCCGUACCUUUUGGUAAAAGUUAUUCACAAGUGCUUUCAAGAAAUGUGAUUACAAAGCCUGUAAAUAACAUGUCAACUACCUUACUGCCCGCCGAUGUUAUUUCAAAAACGCUUCCUUCAACGCAAAACAGUAAACACAUUGGACUCAUCACCUCGUCCAGGCAUUCGGCUCUCACGACCCAUCCAGUUGACCAUGCAACAGAAAUAUCAUCAACGGCCUCACUUCCCAUUCAAUCAUCAACAGUUAAUUCCAUAGCUUUGGGUAAAAGUGAGUCACAUGUGCUGUCCAGAAAUUUGAUUACAACACGUGUAAAUAACAUGUCAACAACAUUAUUGCCCGAUGUUAUUUUUACAACGCUUCCUUUAACGCCAAGUGGUAAACACAUUGGACUAAACACCUCGUCAAAGCAUUCUGAUCUCAGCAUUCGUCCGGUUAACCUUCGAACAGAAAUAUCAUCAACAGUCUCACUUUCCGUUCAGCCAUCAACAGUUGAUUUCGCAGCUUUGAGUAAAAGUGAUUCCUAUGUGUUAUUAGAAGAUGUGAUUACAACGCAUGUAAGUAACAUGUCAACUACGGUACCCUCCGCUGUUAUUGUGACAACGCUUCCUUUAACGGCAAGCAGUAAACACAUUGGACUCAACAACUCGUCCAGGCAUUCGAACGUGGGGACCCAUCAAGUUGAUCAUAGAACAGAAGUAUCAUCAACAGUCUCACUUCCCCUUCAAUCAUCAACAGUUAAUUCCUUAGCUUUGGGUAAAAGUGAUUCACAUGUGCUAUCAAGAGAUGUGAUUACAAGUACAACGCCUGUAAGUCGCAUGUCAACUACGGUACCUUCCGCUGUUAUAUUGCCAACCCUUCCUUUAACGGCAAGUAGUAAACUCAUUAGACUCAGGACUUUGUCCAGGGAUUCGGACGUCAGACUCAACUCAUUUGAGCAUACAACAGAAAUAUCGUCAACAGCAGCUCUUCCCAUUCAAUCGUCAACAGUUGAUUCCGUAGCUCAGGGCACAAAUGUGCUUUCUGAAAAUUUGAUUGCAACACGUGUAAAUAACAUGUCAACAACAUUAUUGGCCGAUGUUAUUUUGACAACGCUUCCUUUAACGCGAAGUAGUAAACACAUUGGACUCAACACCUCGUCCAAGCAUUCGGAUUUCAGGACCCAUCAAGUUCACCAUAGAACAGACAUACCAUCAACAGUUUCACUUUCCCUUCAAUCGUCAACAGUUGAUUCCGUACCUCUGGGCUCAAAUGUGCUAUCUAAAAAUUUUUUUACAACGCGUGUAAAUAACAUGUCAACUACAUUAUUGCCCGAUGUUAUUUUGACAACGCUUCCUUUAACGCCAAGUAGUGAACACAUUGGACUAAACACCUCAUCAAAGCAUUCCGACCUCAGGAUCCAUCCAGUUGACCAUACAACAGAAAUACCAUCAACAGCUUCACUUCCCAUUCGAUCGUCAACAGUUAAUUCCUUAACUUUGGGCACGAGUGAUUCACAUGUGCAUGUGCUGCUAUCUGAAUAUUUGGUUACAACUCCUGUAAAUAACAUGUCAACUAAAUUAUUCUCCGAUGUUAUUUUGAAAACGCUUCCUGUGACGCCAGGUAGUAAACACAUUGGACUAAAGACCUCAUCAAGGCAUUCUUACCUCAGCGUUCAUCCAAUUAACCUCAGAAUCUACAAGAAGUAA